UUCCUCAUCAGCUGUUUGUCAUUUCUGAAUCAGCAGCAUUCGAAUUUUUUUGUUCUUAUUGGGGUUGCUGAAAAUCCAAAAAAAUAAUUUGUAUUUUUUUGUUUAUUAUGGAUAGUAAGCCACCAACUGAUGAUAAUUUUCUGGAUAUAGUAGAUAACGAGUGGCGUGAAGACGAAUUACCAUUUGACCAAAUCCAAGUACCAGCUGACAAAUUACCUGAUCCGGAAGCAGAUAGUGGUGACUCUCACUUGACACUUACUGAACAGGAACAAAGAUGGACUGACUUGGCUUUGGGAACAUUGGCUCCUGAAUUAGCUAUUAGCGAUCAGAUAAAUAUUACCGGAGCAUAAUUUGAAUCAUAAAUACAAAGCCAAAAAAAAAAAAAAAAAAAAAAAAAAAAAAAAAACAAAAAAAAAACUGAAA